UUGAUCAUUGGUUUUUCUCUGGGCUAAUAAACUUUCGUUCGUUUCUUCUCAAAAAAUAAAAAAAAAUUUGUUUGUUUUUCCCACAUAAAUUUCGACCCAUUUAUCUGAAUCACGUCCCUCUCAAAAUUUUCUAUAUCUAAACUCGAAAAACUAAACGGAGAAUAGAGAGAGUUGAGAGAACUAAGGAGUAGCAUUUAAUCGUUAUCCUACAGGCCUAGGCAGGUCAGCUGUUCAGCCUCCGUUUGCUCAUCUCAUAAAAAGAAGAAAAUACUCAUUAGGAUUUUAUUUUAUUUUUCCCUCUGCCAAUGAUUUUUCGAACCAAUUUAAUUGUACAGAUCUUUUUCUCUUCAGGAGAACCCUGACGAAUUUAUCGGUAAAGGGCUUCACCAGCUUUCCAUUUCGUCCAUAGAUUUAGCUUUGACCCCUUUAUUCAAUUUGAAUUUGUGGUAUUUAGGGUUUAUAUUUUUCUGGGCUCACCUUUUCAUUUCCAAACCACGCUUUUUUGUCUGGCAUAAAACUUCUGGGUUUCGUCUACGGUUGUUGGGUGUUGUUUAUUUUGACCGGGGAAGUAAUAUCUGGGCUUUUGUUAGUUGGUUUAUUAGCUUUGAAAGGGGAAGAUUAUCCUGGUCUUUUUAGGUUCAUUCCCGAAGGAAGGAUUUCUGGUUUCCUUUACUGUUGAGUGAAAGGAUUUGUUAUGGAUAGAUUUGAAGGUGGGGAUGGUAUUAAAGAGUCCUCCAAUUCUCAGGAUCUUGGACAAUUUGGUGAAAAUCCAACAGGGGAUGCACUAUUUGAUGCAUCACAAUAUGCAUUCUUUGGCAAUGAUGCAGUAGAAGAAGUAGAACUCGGGGGUUUAGAAGACGAUGAAGAUGAGAUUCCUCAAGUUGGUCUUGCUGAUGAAGAGUAUCAACUAGAUAGAGAAGAGGGUGAAGUACUUGGAUCUUUUACUGAAAUUGAUGAUCUUGCUAGCACAUUUUCAAAGUUGAACAAAGUUGUCAGUGGCCCACGAGAUGCUGGAGCUAUUGGAGAUAUGGGAUCAAGAGAAAGUUCAUCUGCAGCUGAGUGGGUGCAAGAGGAAGAUUUUCCUAGUUGGGCUGAUCAGAAUGCAUUUGAUACAGAAAGUACACAGGACAGUAAGAGGUGGCCAUCACAGCCAUAUCCUUCGUCUGCUUAUUAUCUGGAUUCUAAGAGUCUCUACAGAACAUCUUCGUAUCCUGAGCAACCACAGCAGUACCCACAGCAGCAGCUAAAUAUACACCAGCACUACUCUAGUGAACCAAUUCUUAUACCAAAAUCUUCUUUCACUUCAUAUCCUCCUCCUGGAGGCAGAUCUCACCAAGGCUCUCCAAAUGACCAAGCACGACAGGCAAAUAUUCCAUAUCAUCCUGGUGGACCUCAAAUUCCACGCUCGUCAACCAAUCUUUCUCCCUUUCCUAAUCCUCAGCUUCAGAUGACUGCUUUACCUCAUGGUUCACCAGUGGGUGGAAACAUGCCUCAGUUUAGUCCUUCAGGUCUGCCGAUCAGUAGCCGCCUGCAAAACCAGUGGUUGACUCAAACAAAUAUGUACCCUGGGGACCAUUCUAACCUUCCAAAUAGUAUGUUACAACAACAUUUACCUCAUCAAAAUGGACUAUUGCCCCCCCAGUUAAUGUCACAACAGCAACUUCAACAACACAGAUUACAGAACCCUUUCCAGCCAGCAUUUGGCCAUUUACCUGGAUUGCCAUCCCAAGUACUCAAUCACCAUCUUUCAUCUUCCCCUCAGAUGACAAGUAAUUUUGAUAUGCUUGGGUUGGCUGAUUUGAGAGAUCCUAGGAUUAAAUCAAUGGUAAGAGGUAGGCAAGGCAUGCGCUAUUCACCAGGAUUUGACAUAAAUAGCCAGAAGAGUGACAAUGGGUGGCCAGUGUUUAAAUCCAAAUACAUGACAGCUGAUGAAAUUGAGAAUAUUCUGAGGAUGCAGCUUGCUGCUACACACAGCAAUGACCCUUAUGUAGAUGAUUAUUACCAUCAAGCUUGUCUAGCAAAAAAAACUGCUAGUGCAAAGUUAAAGCACCAUUUUUGCCCGAAUAACCUGAGGGAUGGUCCUGCUCGGGCUCGCGCUAAUAAUGAGCCACAUGCCUUUCUCCAGGUUGAUGCACUUGGGAGGGUUUCCUUUUCUUCAAUUCGCAGACCCCGUCCACUGCUGGAAGUUGAACCCCCAAAUGUAUCUGGUACUGGUACCACUGAACCAAAGGUGUGCGAGAAACCCCUGGACCAGGAACCUAUGCUUGCAGCUAGGGUGACUAUUGAGGAUGGCAUUUGUCUUCUACUUGAUGUUGAUGAUAUUGACCGUUUUCUGCAAUUUAACCAACUCCAAGAUGGUGGAGCACAGUUGACUCAGAGACGGCAAGUACUGCUGGAAGGUCUGGCAGCAUCACUUCAGCUGGUGGACCCACUGGGCAAGAAUGGCAACACAGUGGAUCGGGCUCCUAAGGAUGAUCUUGUGUUCCUGAGGUUGGUCUCUCUUCCCAAGGGUCGGAAGCUGUUAUCAAGGUAUCUUCAACUUCUUCCUCCAGAUGAUGAACUUGUUAGAGUUGUCUGCAUGGCAAUUUUCCGUCAUUUAAGGUUUUUGUUUGGGGGCCUCCCUGCUGAUCCUGGAGCUGCUGAAACUACUAAUGACCUUGCAAAAAUGGUUGCAUUUUCUGUUCAUGGAAUGGAGCUUAAAGCACUUGCUGCAUGUCUUGCAUCUGUGGUUUGUUCAGCUGAGCAUCCUCCUCUUCGUCCAAUUGGAAGCCCUGCAGGAGAUGGGGCUUCUCUGAUUCUGAAAUCUGUUCUUGAGAGGGCAACUGAUCUUCUUCGAGAUCCUCGUGCUUCUGGCAACUGCAGCAUGCCCAAUAGAGCAUUUUGGCAGGCCUCUUUUGAUGCAUUUUUUGGUCUUCUCACAAAGUAUUGCUUCAAUAAGUAUGACACCAUUAUGCAAUCAUUUCUUAGUCAGACCCUGCCAGACAUGUCUAAUGUUAGUUCUGACGCAGCCAAAGGCAUCAGUAAGGAAAUGCCGGUUGAACUCUUGCGAGCUAGUCUUCCUCAUACCAGUGAGCAACAAAGAAAGCUGCUAUUGGAUUUUGCACAGCAGUCGGUGCCUGUUCAAGGGUUAAGUAAUCAGGGUGGCAUUAGUGGUGGCCCUUGAGUGUAACGUGUUAUUGCGAGGCUUCACAUAUAGCUAAAGACAUGCUGGAAGACAUGCCAGUGAUUGUGCAAUGAGGGAUUAGGUUUUUUCCUUUUUCUUUUUUCUUCCUUUUUUUUUUUUU